AUGCGCUCCCAAGCGUCCGAUGCAUCAACGCCGCGCUCGGCUACGCCGACAUACGGCGCCGACGAACGGCUCAAGGCCAACUCGACUGAUGAGAGGGUGCCCUACGUCGUCCAGAAGUAUGGCGGUACAUCGGUCGGAAAGAGCCUCGAUUCUAUCACGGGUAUCGUUGAAUCGUACCUCGCGUCCCACCGCGUCGUGGUAGUAUGCUCGGCCCGCUCGACAGAAACCAAGGCCCUCGGCACGACCAACCUCCUCCUCCAAGCCUCUCGCGAGGCGUUACAACCCGCCUCGGCGCGCCCCACCGCAAGCGGCUACCAGACGCCGCUGUACCCGAAGCGGGUCGGCAGCGGCUACUUCUCGCAGAGCAUGGUGUCCUCUCUCUCCAGCUUGAAGGACGACGGACGCAGCUCGAGCCCGAGCCCGUUCCAGCCGUCCGGCCGUGCCCGCGCCAACACCGGUAGCAGCGGGACCGAGACGCCCUCGGAGUGGGCCAACGGCUCUAAUGAGACGUUUGAGGCUGGCUUCAACGCCACGGUCGACACUAUCAAGCGUGGACAUAUUGCCGCCGCGCAUAAGGCGCUCAAUCGAGGCCCUCUGCGCGACGAGCUCGAGGACGAGAUUGAGCGCGACUGUGAGGCACUGCGCGCGUUCCUGAAUGCUGCCAAUAUCAUCGACGAGAUCUCACCUCGGUCGCAGGACUCUAUCAUCGGUACCGGCGAGCGGCUAGCGUGCAAGAUUGUCGCGGCCGCAUUGAGGGAUCGCGGUAUCGACUCUGAGCUUGUGGUUCUGGACAACAUUGUCGACCAGUCGAUGACGUCGGCCAUGGAUGCAGCGCUCACGUCCUCGGGCGACCAGGGUGUGUCCCAGCUCGGCCAGACCUUUUAUGACGAGCUCUCCAGACGCCUCGGCGACAGGUUGCGCGAGUGUGGCCAGCGCGUCCCAGUUGUCACUGGUUUCUUUGGGCCCGUUCCCGGCUCGCUCCUCGCUCAGAUCGGGCGCGGCUACACAGACCUCUGCGCUGCGCUGUGCGCGGUCGGUGUCGAGGCCGGCGAGCUCCAGGUGUGGAAGGAAGUCGACGGCAUCUUCUCGGCCGACCCUCGCAAGGUGCCCGGCGCGCGUCUUGUGCCGUCCAUCACGCCUGACGAGGCCGCUGAGUUGACGUACUACGGCUCCGAGGUUAUCCACCCCUUCACGAUGGAACAGGUCAUUCGCGCCAAGAUCCCCAUCCGCAUCAAGAAUGUCGAGAACCCCAAGGGCUCGGGCACCAUCAUUCUUCCCGAGUCGGACCUCACUGCGAGCGUCGACGGACUCGACCGCCUCCCCACGGCCGUGACGAUCAAGGACCGGAUCUUGGUGCUCAACAUCCACUCGAACCGCAAGACCAUCUCGCACGGUUUCCUUGCACGCAUCUUCGGCACGCUCGACCGCGCUGGCGUCGUGGUCGACCUCAUCUCGACGUCCGAGGUGCACGUCUCGAUGGCGCUGCAGGAUUUUGGCAACGCGCGUCGCCUCGAGCGCUUAGUUAAGGACCUCGAGAAGAUUGGCGAGAUCACCAUCUCGCGCGACAUGGCCAUUCUUUCGCUCGUCGGCAGAAACAUGCGCAACGCCAUUGGUUCGGCGUCGCUCAUGUUUAGCGCGCUCGCUCGCGCCCAGGUCAACCUCGAGAUGAUCUCGCAGGGUGCCUCCGAGAUUAACAUCUCGUGUGUCAUAGAAAACAAGGACGCCGUCAAGGCGCUAAAUGUCAUCCACGACUCGUGCCUCUCGCACAAGCCGGUUGGCGUACGCAGUGGCGACGGUCGCGUCAAGGCGCUCACGCGCGCGUCCGUCAACCCUGCGGUGCUGCACGUGGAGUACGCAGUGCGCGGCGAGCUGUCGCUCAAGGCCGACGACUUCACGCACAGGCUCCAGGCGGGCGACAAGAGCCUGCCCUUCGACAAGAUCCUGUACGCCAACAUCGGCAACCCGCAGGAGCGCGAACUCAAGCAGCAGCCGCUCACGUACUGGCGCCAGGUCGCCGCUCUCGUCGAGUACCCCGAGCUCAUGGCACACCCAAUGGCGGCCGAGCUGUUCCCCUCUGACGCGAUCGCCAAGGCUGGCCAGCUCGUUGAGGAGUUUGGCUCGGUCGGAGCGUACACUGCCUCCAAGGGCUCGCUGCCGAUCCGCAAGCGUGUCGCGCAGUUCAUCGAGAAGCGCGACGGCUUCCCGGCCGACCCUGAGGAGAUCAUCCUCACGGGCGGCGCAACGCCUGCUGUCGCCAUGAUCAUGGACCUCGCCCUGUGCCCCGGUGACGGCGUCCUUAUCCCCAUCCCCCAGUACCCGUUGUACACCGCGACGCUCUCCCACUUGCAGGCGACGCCGGUGCCGUACCACCUCGACGAGAAGCGCGGGUGGGCGCUCAACGUCGCGAGCCUGAAGAAUGCGAUUGCGCGGGCCAAGACUAACCCCUCGCUCCGCCAGCUUAAGGCGCUUGUUGUCAUCAACCCUGGCAACCCGACCGGCUCGUGCCUCUCCGAGGCCGACAUGCGCGAGAUCGUCCAGCUGUGUUACGACGAGAGCCUUCUGCUCCUCGCCGACGAGGUGUACCAGAACAACGUGUACGACCCCAAGCGACGCCCCUUCGUGUCGUUCAAGAAGGUGCUCCGCUCGAUGCCUGAGCCUGUGGCGAACGGCGUCGAACUCGUCUCGUUCCACUCGAUCAGCAAGGGUGUGUCGGGCGAGUGCGGUCGCCGCGGUGGAUAUGUCGAGAGCGUCAACCUCGACCCGGAGGUCGAUGCGCUCCUUCUCAAGAUGGCCAGCAUCAACCUCUGCGCGCCCGUGCAGGGCCAGGUCGGCGUCGACCUUCUCGUCUCGGCGCCACCCGUCGGCGCUCCCUCGCACGAGACAUUUGCGAAGGAGAGCGCAGUGAUCCACGAGGGCAUGAAGGCGCGCUCCAAGCUCAUGGCUGCCCGCCUCAAUGCUCUCCAGGGCGUCGAGUGCCAGCCCGCCGACGGGGCGAUGUAUCUCUUCCCGUCGCUCCGGUUCCCGCCCAAGGCCGUCGAGGCUGCACGCAAGGCCAACAAGGAGGCCGACACAUUUUACGCCCUAGCCCUGCUCGACGCUACGGGCAUCUGCGCCGUUGCAGGCUCGGGCUUCGGACAGGAGGACGGCACGUACCACCUGCGCGUGACGACGCUGUGUCCCGACGCCGAGGAGAUGAUGUCGCUCAUCGAGGGAUUCCACAAACAGUUUAUGGCAAAGUACGCAUAA